AUGGAGCUCCCGGAGGAGCCCGCUCCCGGGACCGGAGGCGCAGACGCCGUGUCCGAGCGCCGUGGACUGCGCUGCCUGCUGCUGUCUGGCUUCCAAGAGGAGCUGCGGGCGCUCUUGGUCCUGGCAGGUCCUGCGUUCUUGGCCCAGUUGAUGAUGUUCCUAAUUAGUUUCAUAAGCUCAGUGUUCUGCGGCCACUUGGGCAAGCUGGAGCUGGAUGCGGUCACACUGGCAAUCGCGGUUAUCAACAUCACAGGCAUUUCAGUGGGACACGGCUUAUCUUCAGCUUGUGACACUCUCAUCUCCCAGACAUUCGGGAGCCAGAACUUGAAGCAUGUAGGGGUUAUCCUGCAGAGGGGGACACUCAUUCUGCUUCUCUGUUGCUUCCCCUGCUGGGCACUCUUCAUCAACACCGAGCAAAUUCUGCUGCUCUUUAGACAGGACCCGGAUGUAUCCAGACUCACCCAGACUUACGUCAUGAUCUUCAUCCCAGCGCUUCCUGCAGCCUUUCUCUAUACGUUACAAGUUAAAUACUUGCUCAACCAGGGCAUCGUUCUGCCUCAGAUUGUGACUGGCAUCGCAGCUAACCUUGUCAACGCCCUGACCAACUAUCUGUUUCUCUAUCAGCUGCAUCUUGGGGUGAUGGGUUCAGCGCUGGCCAACACCAUCUCCCAGUUUGCCCUGGCCAUCUUACUCUUCCUCUACAUCCUCUGGAGAGGACUCCAUCAAGCCACCUGGGGAGGGUGGUCCUGGGAGUGUCUGCAGGACUGGGCAUCCUUCCUGCGACUGGCUAUCCCCAGCAUGCUCAUGCUAUGCAUAGAGUGGUGGGCCUAUGAGGUCGGCAGCUUCCUGAGUGGUAUCCUUGGCAUGGUGGAGUUGGGAGCCCAGUCCAUCACCUAUGAGUUGGCUAUCAUUGUAUACAUGAUCCCUGCAGGCUUCAGUGUGGCUGCCAAUGUCCGGGUGGGAAAUGCAUUGGGCGCAGGAAACAUUGACCAGGCCAAGAAGUCCUCAGCAAUUUCCUUGAUAGUCACAGAGCUCGUUGCUGUGACCUUCUGUGUCCUGCUGCUAAGCUGUAAGGAUCUUGUGGGCUACAUUUUCACUACCGACCGGGAUAUUGUGACCUUGGUGGCUCAAGUGGUCCCCAUUUAUGCUGUGUCCCACCUCUUUGAAGCUCUUGCCUGUACCUGUGGUGGUGUCCUGAGGGGCACUGGAAACCAGAAGGCUGGAGCCAUCAUCAAUGCCAUCGGGUAUUAUGUCAUCGGCCUCCCCAUCGGGAUCGCACUGAUGUUCGCUGCCAAGCUGGGAGUGAUCGGCCUGUGGUCAGGAAUCAUCAUCUGCUCUGUCUGUCAGACCACGUGCUUUCUGGUUUUUAUUGCUCGGCUGAAUUGGAAACUCGCCUGUCAACAGGCUCAAGUACAUGCCAAUUUGAAGGUAAAUGUGGCCCUGAAUUCUGCUGUUUCUCAGGAGCCUGCUCACCUAGUGGGUCCUCAGAGCCAUGGAGAAAUUAUGAUGAUGGAUCUUGAAAAAAAAGAUGAGACUCAGUUGGACCAGCCAGAGAACCAGCAACAACCUUUGCCUGCCCAUCCAAAGGACAGCAAUAAACUGUCUGGGAAACAGCUGGCCCUACGGCGAGGGCUCUUGCUCCUAGGGGUAGUCUUAGUCUUGGUGGGUGGGAUUUUAGUAAGAAUCUAUAUCAGAAUUGAAUAAUGUGGGAAUGUCAUUGAUCCAGCAAUGCAGGUACUCCUCUGUGAAGUUAAUGCCUAACGAAUCCACCCCACAUUGAAAACAUUAGGGCCGGGGCUACUGCUGAGGCAGGCAGCCAAGUACUCAGCAUGCUCAGGACCCUCUAAUAUGUAAGUGCUCUCUCUCUCUCUGUCUCUCUC